CUGGACUCCCAACUUGCAGUGAGAGCGAUUUUCGAGGGGGGUGUGAAAUGUCCCAGGAAACUUCACGGAGCGCCUCUUCAGAAUUGAACGUGUGUUCGGCCGGGUAAUGAAACGUUUGGUUAGAGAGAUGUGGUUGUUGAUGGAAACAGUAGCCAGCAUUUAUUGUCCAUCCCUAAUUGCCCUUGAACUGUGUGGCUUGCUAGAUGAUUUCGGAGCGCAUUUAGGAGUCAACCCACAUUUGGUGUAUCUCGAGUUAGACUGGACCAGAUGGCUUAUCUGUGGGACAUGCAUUAAAUGCUGCUCCUGAGGAAAUGAUUCCAAAUGGGAUUCGUUCGUGGGAAAGUGAUGAAGAUGACAAAACCUCUCAUGCUAGCUCAAGUGACUGGACCCCUCAUGCACGGAUAGGUACAGGUCCAUAUAGCUUCGUCCAGCAACAUCUUAUGCUGGGUACAGACCCACGGUCUAUCUUGAAGGAUCUAUUGCGAGGGAACAGUCCACCCCCAGAUCUGGAUGACAUGACACUGUGGCAGAUUGUUCUCAACAUUUUGUCAGAGCCACCAAAACGAAAGAAGCGUAAAGAUAUUAACACCUUGGAGGAUGUGGUGAGAAUCUUGAAAGAGAGCAAGAAAAUCAUGGUCCUCACUGGAGCUGGGGUUUCCGUUUCAUGUGGAAUACCAGACUUCAGAUCAAGAGAUGGGAUUUAUGCCAGAUUGGCAGUAGACUUUCCAGACCUUCCAGAUCCUCAUGCCAUGUUUGACAUUGAAUACUUCAGAAAAGACCCCAGACCAUUUUUUAAGUUUGCAAAGGAGAUUUAUCCUGGUCAGUUCCAGCCAUCACUUUGUCACAAAUUUAUAGCCUUGCUGGAUAAACAAGAGAGACUGCUUCGGAAUUACACCCAGAACAUAGAUACCCUGGAGCAGGUUGCUGGCAUUCGUAGGAUUGUUGAGUGCCAUGGUUCAUUUGCCAUGGCUUCUUGUCUGAUGUGCAAAUACAAGGUUGACUGUGAAGCAAUUAGAGAAGAAGUAUUCAAUCAGGUUGUACCCCGCUGUCCAAGGUGCCCACCUGAAGUUCCCCUUGCCAUUAUGAAGCCAGAUAUAGUGUUUUUUGGUGAAAACUUACCUGAGCAAUUUCACAGGAGUAUGAAGUAUGACAAAGAUGAAGUUGACCUCCUAAUUGUAAUUGGAUCUUCAUUAAAAGUCCGGCCAGUGGCCCUCAUACCAAGUUCUAUACCCCAUCAUGUGCCUCAGGUGCUGAUCAAUAGGGAGCCCUUGAAUCAUCUUAACUUUGAUGUGGAGCUAUUGGGUGAUUGUGAUGUUGUCAUUAAUGAGCUGUUUCAUCGUUUGGGCGGAGAGUUUGAAGACCUUUGUGGCAAUCCAGUGAAACUUACAGAAAUCACAGAAAAACCCCCACGAUUGCAAAAAGAAUUAAAAUAUCAGCCAUGUGAUCUCCCUCCUACUCCUCCGGUUUUAACAGAAGAUUCUAGUUCAUGUGAGCAAGAAGUGGAGAACUGCAGGUUGGCAACAAGUAAAGAUUCUGCAGCUACAAGUUGUGAACCUGUUGUGGAAUCCACCACAAGUUGUAUGAAGGAAAAUCCAGAGGAACCUGAGCCAGAAACAAUUCACGGGAAGGAGAGGUCAACUCCUGUGGCAGAAAGCUCUGGGGAUUGUGACAGUGAUGUGCAUAUUACCCAUGCUAUUGAAGAAAGUUGCCCAGACAGGGAGCAUCAUGUUCCAAGUGACACAAAGCACACUAAAGAAACUCUCAAAAAAGGCUGGAGCAGUAAAUUUCCAAAAGAACAAAUCAGUAAGCGAUUGUCUGAUUCCCAAUACCUGUUCUUGGCACCCAAUCGCUACAUUUUCCACGGUGCUGAAGUCUACUCAGACUCUGAGGGAGAUGAAGGUUCAUCUUCUGGCAACAGUGUUAGCGACAAUGAGUCCUGUAGCAGCAGAAGUGUUGGUGACGGGGAAGAGGAGAGUGAUAUUGAAGAAUUUUAUAAUGGAAUAGAAGAGGAAGCCUAUGAUGCCGAUGGGGUGUACUUUGGGGGUGAGAGUGAGCACUUCGGAAGUGAAGCGCUGACUGAAAACUCCAUGCAGGGUGAAUGUGAAGAUGAUAAUUUGUUGGAAUAAGAGGCACAUUUGCAUGAUAUUAAUAUAUGAAGUUAUCCACCAGCAUUAGCCUACCUUUAGGACACGUUUUAUAGUCAGUGAGCUGUCCUGGACGUACAGUGGCUGUAACGAUCAUGCAAAACCUCAGUCUGAAACUUCUAGUUCAGUCUGUAUUGUACAGCAAGAACACUAGGCCUCCUCUAAGUACUUUUCUUCAAUCUGGUACUUUUACCAAAUAAAAAUUCUGCAUAUUGAGACAACCAUUUAACACACUGAGUUCAUUGACAUUACGUUUACUAUAAGCUUUUGUUUUUAUGAGUGGGCCAGAGGGUCCCUUCUCUGUCAAAAUAGUUGAUUUGUUUUACUAUUUUUAGAUUCUAUUUACGUUGAGUUGUACAGCUAUUUAAUACAGUUCCUCAGAAGCUAAAAUGAAUGUCCUGUACAUAUUUUUGUGAAUGCUGUUCAAAAGCCAUUUAAUUGCUGAAAAGGGUAAAAAAAAGGGAACAGGUAAAAAGACCAAAGAACAAUGGGAGAUCUCGAUGACUAGAGCUGCAACAGAAGUUUAAGAAGUCUGUAGCAGAUUUUAUUUUAGAGCAUGGGUGAUUUGUUUAAGCAUAUUACAUAUUUUCCUUCCGGUUUGUAUUUUCUCUCAUAAAACACUGGCUGUAAUGUUUUCUAUGAGAUGAGCUGGCAGCUAAUUUGUACACCGAGGUUACUAUUUUUCAUUGAGCUUAAGCUGUAUAUUAGAAACCAUUGAGGCUACUCUAUUUAAGUGAAAAGAACAUUUUUACAAAAUGUAGCACUUGUAGUUAUUUGCUGCCUUAUAUAGAGAUUGGUAGGGUUUCCUCCUGGAGCCUGGUUCUGCUGAGGCCUGGGUCCAGUUUAGGUACAUAGCAGGUUUGUUGUUCCUUGCAUUUUCUUAUAGAAAUAUAUAUAAAGUGUGUAAUUUAAAAGUAUAAGAAUGUUUUGACACCAUUGUAGAAUUAAAGCUGGAAUGCUGAAGAAUAUUGAGUUUUAAAAUAGCAACAGAAUAUGCUGGAAACUGAACAGCUCAUGCAGCACCUGUCAAAAAAAAGUAGUGUCAACGUUUCAGGUCGAAGAGUCCUUGCCAGAACUGGGAAAGAAAGAAAACAAGUUGGUUUAAGUUGCAUGUGUCGUGGUAGGAGGAUGGACAGAUUAAAUGAAAUGACUCUGGUUGGCUGAGGCUAGGGUUGCCAUGAUGAUAAAUUGAUUAAUGAGGAUGAUUAGAGAGAUGAUACAAAGAAAAGAACAUGUAAAAGCUGUGACAUGCAAGUCAGAACAGUCGGAAUUGUCCAGCAGAUCAGCUCAUAUCAGUGGAGAGAGGAAAAACUGUCCUUGUGUCACAGAAUUAACUGGUUCUGAUACAAGCAGAGACAACCAGUGAACUGAAAUUAAUUCCAUCCUAUUGAAUUCAGCAAUUUGGGUCACUUCCUUAUUCUGUUUGUAUCAGAACUGGCUAGUUUUCCGGCAGAUUAUCCAUCUGUAAUAAGAGCUGUUCUGUCUCCAAUGAAACAUCUGAGCAUUUUCUAGAGCUCUUUGACUUUCAUUUAACAGCUUUUGUAUAUUCCUUUGUUUUUGCUCUCUCACCACCGUCAUUAAUUAAAUGGCUUCUUCAACAGCUUUUCACCAAGGCAGCUCUGGCCUCGCCCUCUGAGAUGUUCACUUUGUCCUUUUCAUCCCUAGACCCCGUCUGGAAAUUAAAACUAAUGUUUCCUUUCAUUCCAAGUUUUAAUGAAGGGUCUUUGACCUGAAACAUUAACUCUGUUUCUCUUUCCACAGAUGCUGGCUGAGCUGCUGAAUGUUUCAUCAUUUUCUGUUUCUAUUUCAGACUUCCAGCAUCUACAUUUUGUUUCUUAUUCAACAUUGAGCUCUAGUUCCUUUUGAUGUGUCUGCAUUCUAAUUCCCCAUUACAUUGGAAGUCGAAAUUAUUUCUUUCAAAUGUUUAAUGUAUUGUUGCUUACCCAGAAUAAGCAUAACAAUUUAAUAAUUUGGACUGCCAAAUCCAAGUCACAUAAUUUCAUACAACAAUUUUUUUUAAACCUUUGUAAAGUUUUGGUUGAGCAUAACUGAGACUGUGCAGAACAAGUAGGGUAACUAUAAAUUUACUGGCAUAUUGAAGAAAACAUUUACCUAGAUAUGAAAAUGGGUGGUACAUAUUUUGAUAUAAGAAUUACUAAACUAAAUAAUCUAGCUAAAAAAUGUUAGAAAUUUGUAAAGGGUUUUGUUGUUUUAUAGUUUUGCUAUUCAGUGAAACAACUAAAAAUUUUUACUUAUUUUUGCAGUCUACCGGAAAUAAAUGUGCUCAUUCAAAGCACUUUUUUGAAUUUGGUUUGGAAAUAGAAUUUCCCUUUCCCAUCUAUUUUGCAACAUGUGCAACUUUUCUCAAAACUUGUUCAUGUUAAUGUACGAGUCAUUCUUUUAUUGUUGUAAGAACAUGCUCCAAUUUCCACACAUUACUCCAUCUUUCAAAUGUUUAAUGAUCUGUCCUAUAUUUGGAAUUUCAGAACAUAUUUUGUUCUGUUCCUGUGGAAAUAAUAGACAACCUCAGAUCAGUUCCCUGUGGAAUAGUGUUGUCCAGCACUUUUACAUGAACCAUUUUUGCAUCUAUAUUGAAAUUGGGAAUCAUACAAAACAUCAGAGAAAAACUGCAUAUACCCAGAUUAAAAAAAGUCUCAAAUUUUGAGCCCUACAUUUGCUGCCUUGAUGUUAAUGUGACUUGACCUUUAAAUACAAAGGUGUUCUUAUAUUAGUGUGUUCAUCUUCCCAAAUAUUAGCUUUCUAAAAUCUUGUAUGAUGUGGUCAACUAAAUACAAUGUAUUGCAUAUAGAUUAACUCUGCUCUGUAGGUAUUAUUUUGUAGCAUGGUGUUCAAAUUAUUUCUGUCCAUUGUACAUAUUCAAUCAUUAAUGUAAUCAAACUAUGUUUUAUAAGGAACAGUUAUUAAAAGGUGACUUGUUUUCUGAUACAAAUUUCAUACCUGCAGUUUUGGGUGAGACUUUUUAAUUUAUACAUUUAACAUCUUACAAUUUGAAUUGCAAACUUUUACGGGAAUGAUGCUUUUUGGAAUUACUGUUGGAACACCGUGAUUCAAGGAAAUGUUCUGUUAAUUUAAACUGAGUUGCCUGAAAUUGUGAAAUCUUGUUCCUGUUCCAUGUACCACAGGCUCUGUUCUCUGCUUUUAAAGUGAAGAUGUGUUUGAAUGGAUAAUAUAUUGCAAUAAAUCUCCUUGGUUAAAUUAUUUGAGUUUGAAUUUAUUGACAUGUUUUUGAAAAGU